UUUAAAGCUUCUCUUGUCUAGGGUUUGUGAUGGCUUCAUCAGAUUACGAGAUCAUCACUGACCCGUGGGAUCCUAAAUGUGUGAGCGCGUGCUGCAUGUAUUUCCCUGGAGAAGAGCCCGAAGAUACGGAACUUCUGUUGGAGAAGAUUCGAGGGAAACUUGACGAACGGAUUCACAAUCACACACUAGCUGAGGAGUAUCGUAUCAUCAACGAACAGAUCGUGAAGAGUCAGGGCUUCGAUGUCGAUUUCUCCAAGCUGCGUUACCUUUUCGAUUUCCAGCCUGCGUUUCUCGAUGAUUGCGAUAGCGAUACCGGCAGGGACUUUUUUCGUAAACUGUCUGCAGAAGCCAUUGAGAUCUACAACAAAAGAGACGGGACUAGUUUUGAGUUCGUUGAGGUUGAGAAAGCAAAUAUAUACUCUAACAGCGGAGAGGUCUUCUUCAUCACAUUUGUAGCCAAAGAUUCUUGGAACCAGACAAAAGUGUUUCAAGCUAAGGUCAUCCAUGUGUUCUGUAGAGAGAUUGUACACAGCUUCUGCAGGCUUAAACCCAAUCAACCAGUAACAUGUGUUGAUGAAGAGUCCAUUGCAAAGAAAGAGCCCAUUUCAAAGGAAGCGUCCAUUACAAGAAAAAAGAAAAGAAAGCAUGGUAUGACUAACUAGUUACCUCUUCUUUAUGAAAAAAACAGUAUUUCUUUUCAGUCUCUAUAAGUUACGUUAUAUUUCUACUCGUUUGGGGGGGUCUUAUUUCGGUUCAAGGGUUGGCUGGUCUCUUGGUAUCUAUAAUUAUAUUGUAGAAGAACCUUUUCUUUUGUUAUGAGGUUUGAGGAAUAAUUAUGUAAUUUUUGGAUUAUUCCCCCUUUUGGUGAGGGUUAAAGGCUUGAGAAUCCAUGUAUCCUCAGCUAAGAUUAAGCUUUUAUAUGCUGACAAAAAAAAAUUAAGCUUUUAUAUGAUUCAUUUACGUACAUUUUACACUAGUGAAACCAUAUUCAAGUGACCUAAUUAAAAAGCCAAGAUAAGCAUAAAGCGAAAUUCUCAAC